AUGGUCACCAGGUCACUUGGUUGCAGCAGUGGAGCCAAAGUCCGCGUACAGAGCAAGCAUACGAAAGGUCAAAGGUCGCGUCGAGAUGCGCCCCCUGGAAUGGGUGCGGGCCAGAUUUAUCUACUGACAAAAGUAAUGGCGUCUCCUGGAAUGUGGAAGACUCGGAUCACCGUUCAGGGUCGCAACUUCUGCCAACUCGCUGGUCUACCCAAAAAGAAAUUUGAUCUGGCGCAGUCAUUGAAUUUACCAAUCACAGCAACUUUUGCGCUUAACGUCGCUCAGUAUAUGCUCUUCAGGAAUAUUGCGAGAAAACCUGAUUUCGAAAGUGGACAGGGACACUACCUCCUGGGGAUCAGAAAAGACUAUGAAAUUCCGUAUCUCUCAAAUCUCCAUCUAACUGGCUCCUUUGGAAACCCACUAAUGAAGAGGUCCGUAUCACGAACCAAUGGUCGGGCCGGACCACGAGGCCUCCCCCUUUGCUCACUCACCAGCCAGAGAGACGAAGAAGAGGAUAAGCUGGUCGACGAUAGGCACAAAGAGGAUCGAUCUCCAUUAGACGAACUUGAUCCCAAUCAUACAUCUCCCCACCUCCCGAACAUUCAUGGGCUUUUUGAUUAUUUGUUUAUAAAUCGAGACCAUCAUUAA